AUGGAUAGUUACCGUUUAGAUGUCAAGAGUGGAAUAAGACAAUUAAAAUUAAAACUUCUAAACUACGAAGCUAUACUCCAAAAGUUAGCAGAAAUGAGAAGACUUUACCAGAGCUACUUACAUGUAAGGGACUUACCUUCAAGCAGUCCGACCAAAGAUGAAUUUUCUGACAUUGUCCCAAUUUUGUCCGAAAGUCAGCUCAGAUGUUUUGAACUGCUCCCAACAUAUCCAGAAUAUGAACGUUUGCCUGAACUCUUCCGCAAUCUCAAAAAACGUUUUUUGGUUCUCAUGUUCGAAACUUUUAUCGGAAGAGACAACAAACGUUCAGAAGAAGAACAAGAUAUUAUUUUAAACUUGUUGUAUGACUUAACCGUCAUAACAAGCUUUUUGAAGUAA